AUCAGACCUUCCAGCUGCCUCUCAUGUACUUGUCUGUUGGGGGCUUGUGUUGAUCAGGAGUGAAUUCACAGUCUACCAUGAAUUGGAAGGUUCUUGAGCACGUGCCCCUGCUGCUGUAUAUCUUGGCAGCAAAAACAUUAAUUCUCUGCCUGACAUUUGCUGGGGUGAAAAUGUACCAAAGAAAAAGGUUGGAGGCAAAACAACAAAAACUGGAGGCUGAAAGGAAGAAGCAAUCAGAGAAAAAAGAUAACUGAAGAUUCUGCCAUGUAAAUGUCAGCUUGAGUGGACUCCAGCUGAGAAGAAAGAGAAGAAAGACUUAAUUACUGAAUAAUUUGUCAGAGGAUAAACUCCCAACCUAGACCUUUCACUUAAAAUAGUGUGAAUUUGUGUAUGUUUUUAAAAGAACCAGUACUGGCUGGGUAUGCUGGCUUUUACCUGAAAUCCCAGCACUUUGGGAGGCCGAGGCGAGUGGAUCGCCUGAGAUCAGGAGUUUGAGACCAGCCUGGCCAACAUGGUAAAAUCCUGUCUCUACUAAAAAUAUAAAAAUUAGCCAGGUGUAGUGGCGCGCGUCUGUAAUCCCAGCUACUCGGGAGGCUGAGGCAGGAGAAUUGCUUGAAUCCGGGAGGUGGAGGUUGCAGUGAGCCUAGGUUGUGCCACUGCACUCCAGCCUGGGCAACAGAGCGACUGCGUCUCCAAAAAAAAAAAAGCAAAAUUAAAAUUAAAAAAAAAAUAAUGACCAGUAUUUUGUUUACUAAAAUAAAAUGCCUUUGUAAAAAAAGGAGUCGUGGCCUUUGGAAUAAGUCAAAUUGUGUAUCUCUUUCUCUUUCUCUUACACAGCACCCUCCACCCCGUGUUGUAAAGCGGGGGGUUUGUAAACCUACACCUCCCCCACCAUCUCAAGCUGGGGGGUCCCAGGUGAGAGGCUUCCAUAGAGGACAAGGUGGUGCAGAAACAUCUGCUGUGGGAGUGGGGUCCCCAGCACUGGGUGCUUCGGCCAGCUACCCCCGACCCCAGGCCCCCUCAUAGGCUGCCCUCCCAUACCCUCCUUUCUCAUCUUUUCCUCCUACAGGUGCUACGCCCCUGUGAGAGUGUUUUGGAGUGUUUUCAUUGUUAGGGUGGAGGGAGGCUGUGUGUGUCCAGGAAAGGUGACUCCUGUGUUAACCAUGAGGGUCCUCGCAGGGAGGAAUCGUUGGGAGCCCUAGGGUGUGUUUUGUCCUCUCCUCACCUGUUUGCUCCUUGGGAUUUGCUGAUGAGAAAUGAAGGGUAGGGCACCCUAGGAGCCACUGGAACCAAGGGCAGGGAGGAUGGGAAGAUGUUUUACUCAGCACCUAACACACGCAGAUCCCUGUGACAAGAGCUCAUGCUCUCCCACUUCUCGCAAGACCCCAGAGUGGAUGGGGAGUGAGGUGGCAGCAGCUGGCACUGGAAGCAGGGCGGAGUGUUUGGUCUGGUUGCUGAUGGCUGCAUGGGAAACUUGCAGGAGUGUGUGUUAGUAAACGUCUCCCCGUCCUGGCCCAGUUUGUGUCGAACAUUGCGUUUUCCAUGUGGGGAGUCAGGGGAGUUCCAUCUUAAAUUGCACUGUGCUUGCUGGAUGCUCUUCAGCACAAUUUAGGAAGCAGGAAAGAAUUUACAAAGUUCUGAGGACAGACAGACCCUGCUCCUACAAGCUGCAGUGCUCACCAUAGUCAAAGUGGACUUUCACGUAAGCCCAGACCUCAUUCUCUCUGAAGGAGGCCGCUCCAGCCUUUGCCAGGAGCCCUGGUGACUUUAUUCUGCCUAAUCCUGCUGCGGCCUGGGGUCCUGUUAGAACGUGAAUGGAAGACCACAGCAGAGGUGGGAUGCCCUUGGAUUUCUGCCAUCCCCACGCUUUCGUGACAUGCUCAGAUGGGGCCUAGAACUGACCCUGGGCCGUGGCCUACCAUCCUCCCUUUGUCAGGGCCUCCUUGCACCCUGGCAGGUUACCCCACCCACCCUGGCCCAUGUUCCUGCCCCAGGGGCCUGGCCUCUCUGCUGCCCACCCUGCAGGUGUAGGGUAUCACCUGCUCCUGCCUUGGCUGGCAUCAGACCUACUACCUUGGCACCACUUUCCUCCCUCAUGCCCACCCGCCUGUGUGCCUCAUAAGUCCAAGGCGGAGGAUCUGCUGACCAGUAGACACUCAUGUGCUAAACACAAGCGCUUUUCUAGGCUUUGGGAUUUAAAGCUACACUUUGGAAUUUGUGGAAGAUCUGGCCAUCUUGGAAAAUUAGGUAGAAGGUGACAUAAGGACUGGACUAAACCACUGAUCAUCCCAACAGUGCCCGUGGCUUUUCUGUUUUUUGUUUUUGCUUUUGUUUUUUUAGAGAUGAGGACGUGCUGUGUCCCCCAGGUUGGAGUGCAAUGGUACAAUCAUAGCUCAUUGCAGCCUUGAACUCCUGGGCUCAAGCGAUCUUCCCACCUCAGCCUCCCGAGUAGCUGGGACUAGGCCCUGCUAAUUUAUUUAUCUUUUGUUUAGAGACAAGGGUCACGCUGUACUGCCCAGGCUGGGUGUAGGUUUUUUCUGAAGAGCCUUUGGGAGUUUUGUUUUUGCUUGGUUACUUUUCCUAUGCACCCUUCUACCACUAGGGGGAGAUGAUUAAUCACUAAUUGAAGGGAUUUUGUUCGUUUUUUACGUUUUGGGUUUUUUGUUUGUUUGUUUGUUUCAAUAAAGAAAGAGUUUAAUUGCAGUAA